AAAAAAACAUAAGCCCAUUACUUUUUUUUCUUAAUACUACUAUCCUUGUUUUCAAACAAAAAUAUUUUUUUUUAAAAGACUGCAAUCCAUGUUACCAAACACUCCAAAUUUUUAAAAGUCCUAUUCAAGUCUCCAAACACUCCAAUUUUGUACUUGAGUUUUAAUAAGAUAGAUGUAUAGAAAAGUUAAAUUAUACGGAGAUAUUAAUAUUGAUGUAAUGUGUCAUAGAAUUACCAAUGGCAAUUUCUGUAAUUAUUUUAAUAAGUAAAGGUGAAUUUAUUAUUUUGGCUGAGUAGGAUUAUGGUGUUAACACAUUAUCAUAAUGGUAUAAUUGUAAAUAAUACACAAAUUUAAAGUUAUUCUCUAAAAAUGUUUUCUUUUUAAUAUAUAAGGGAUGAAAUUAUAUCGUAAGUGUAGAACAAGAACAAAAAGCUAGCUAAAGAUAAGAACACGUACUUCUAACAAAUAUACAAUGUUUAUUAUGUUAUUUUCCUGAAAGCUUUCUCACCACAUCUCUGAUAUAUCAUACCAUUAUUGUGUCUUUUUGACAAAAGUGUAGAUUAAUUUAUAUAUACGACAGAUUACAUGCCCGAUCUCCUGUAAAAGCUCAAGAAAGCCUAAUGGAAUGAUGGAAUCCUUGGAUCUAAUCCCGAUAAGAUUAUAUCAUAAAGUUCUUUAAAAUUGUGUGACUGUGUUUGAACCAAGGCCUCCCCCUAAGUUAUCAUCAAAAUUUAAAAUCCCAUUAACACAAAAUACAUUGAUUCAUGGAAUGUCAUGAGUGUUUGUAUUCUCACCUUUGUAUAUGGAGUUUGAUUAUUUCCUAUAAAUAUUUGUUUAUUUUUAGUUUGUAUAAAGUCAUAGAGAUAAACCCUACAAAUUGUAAGGUCGUGAAUAAAUUAAAAAGAAGAGUCAUCAAGAUGUCUUACUAUAUAUACUGAUUGAUCUAUAAACGUUUCGUGACAUAAGAAAGCCCUGUGGAAAGAAUUAUGCUGUUGCUCAUCUAAAUUGUUUUAAUAAAAAUGGAAAAAUCCGAAGAAAGGAAAUUUUUUUUUUUAAUGUAAAAUUUAUUCAAUCAAAACUGCUAUUAUAUCUAGUGCAACUGUUUUUGAUAAUGAAAUCAAAUAGAGAUACUCAAAAUAAAAAUCUACAACCCUUCAUAUCUAUAUUCUUGAGCCAAACCAAGUACAUAACCCAUCUUCAAGAUACGGAAGAAGGGAAAUUUCAACUUUGUGGGAAAAAAAAAACCAGACCGCCGAUUAUUAUAAGUGUGUGGUGAUGUUCUUUUGAGAAUAUAUUUCAACAACUUGAUCCUUACUUAAUAACAUGUAAGUGUGUCAAAUAUAGUUCUUAACAAACAUGUGGUUAUGUGAGAUGCAAAAAUCUGUAUGACGAUUCUCUACUACUACGGAGGUAAUAUUUCUUGUCAUGGCGCAACAUUUUAGAAGUUAAAUAUUUCUUAUGACUAAUACAUUAUCACUAAUUAAAAUAAUUCAAAGUGCAAAUAAAAAAGUGAGGAAGAUGAAAAGGAAGGACCCCGCAUUUAUUCUCUUUUGGUGGGCUAUUUCUUGUCCACAAAAUCUCAAUACAUAAACAUUACCUCCAAACCUCUUAAAUCUCAAUCAGUAUGAAAUCUCUGUAUUAAAAGUUAAAACAUAACAUUCCCUUGGAUCCAACAUUUUUUAUAUAAAAUUUUAAACUAAAUAGAUCUUAUUAUUAUAAAUUAAUUAAAGAAACUAUAUUAUAAUAUUAUCUGUAUUUCCAAACAACACAAUAUAUAAUCAUGUUUCCAAAUACUAUAAAAAAAUUAUGUCUUAUCUUUUUAAUAACUUGUUAUCAGUUUUCUUUCAAAUUAUCUAAUAAAUCAAAUAAUUGACUAAAAUGUUCAAAACAUUUAUGAAAAAUUGGAAAUUUAUUUUUGCAGGUUUAGAUACUACAAAAUAAUUUUAAUCAAUAUCAAACCAAUUAAAUUAAUGUAUUAUUUUAUUUGUAUUUUUAUAAAUAAAAAAUACAUUUAUUUAAAUUUAAAUAACUUUCAUAUUAAAGUAAAUAUUAUAUAAAUAAAAUGCAAUAAAUUGACUUCAAAUAUAUUUUAUAAUUAAAAAUUCAUCAAAAUAUAUCAUACAGUUAAUCAAAUAAAUUAUAUUAAUAUUAUUAAAAAUUCAUAAAAAGAGUUGAGAUAAUUAAAAAUUAAAUUAUAUUUAAGUUACAAAAUUAUAAGGACUAAACUGAAAAGUAAAUAGUGUUUUAAGAUUUUGAGGGCUUCUUGAGUAAAAAACCUCAAAAUUUAACUAAAAUAUUCAAAUAAUCUAUGAAAAAAAAUAAAAAAUAAGUAUAACUUAUUGUUGAAGGUUUAGAUACUACAAGAUAAUUUCAAUCAAUAUCAAAUCAAUUAAACUAAUGGAUUAUAUUAUUUAUAUUUUCAUAAAUAAAAAGUUACUUCUCUCUUAUUGAUACAUAAACAUUCUCUAGCUAGGACCCAACCUUUUCUAGGAUUUUAAAUUAUUUAGACCCUUAUAUUAUAAAGUAAUUAUGAAAACUAUACUAUACUAUUAUCUAUGUUUCCAAACAAGAAAAUAAUUAAUCUUGUCUUUAAACAGUAUAAAACAUUAUGUCUCAUCUUUUUAAUAACUUUUUAUCAAUUUUCUUUCAAAUUAUUUGAUAAAUCAAAUAACUGACUAAAAUAUUCAAAAAAUUUAUGAAAAAAAUAAGUAUAACUUAUUUUUGCAGGCUUAGAUACUUCAAAAAAGUUUCAAUAACUAUUAAAUCAAUUAAACUUAUGGACUAUUUUAUUUAUAUUUUCAUAAACAAAAUAAUACAUUCAUUUAAAUAAACUUACGUAUUAAAUUAAAUAUUGUAUAUAAAUAAAAAUUAGUAAGUUUACAUCAAGUACAUUUUAUAAUUAUCUUUUUCAAAAUAUAUCAUACAAUUAAUCAAAUAAAUUACAGAUAUUUUAUUAAAAAUUCAUUAAAAAAGUUGAAAUAACUAAAAAUAAAUUAACUAAUAUCUUAUACAUAUAUUAUUAUCUGAAGAUACAUUGAAAAUAACUACAUUAUACAAUAAAUAUAAUAAAAAAAUAGUAAUGAAAAUGUUCAGAGUAUAUAUUAUCUGAAGAUAAAUGCUUAACACUAUUAAUAAACAACAAAUUUAAACUUAUUAUAAUAUGAACUAAAUUAUUAGCAAGACAAACUAUACAAAACAAUUAUAAUAAUGUUAAUUAAGCUACAUGAAAUAAAUAUUAUGCAACUAAAAUCUCUUUUAACACUAAACAACAUUCAAUUAGUUAAGAAAUAUUAAAUUAAUGUACAAAGUGUGUUUAAUCAGUUUAAAAUAAAAUAUGUGCUAUUGCCCAGAUCAUGAUAUAUAAUUUUUUACAACUGAAAAAGUAUGCAUAGUUUCAUAUAGUAAUCAAAAUGUGGUGUGUUACAAAAUAAAAUUUAUUCAGUAUAAUUUAUAAUAGUAACAACUCUAAAUGAAUAAAAAUAGUACGAACUCUAUAAAUUAAUAAUAGUACAGUUAUAUAAUUAUUAAUUUAUAAAGUGAUAAUUUAUUUUUAAAACAACACAAUCAUCAUAAAAUGUAAUUUAACUAAUAAAAAUUCAAAAUCAAAAUGGUUGAAACAAUUAAAAUAAUUAAAUUUUAUGAAAAAACUAAAAUAAGUCGUCUGAAACAAUUGUUAUCCUAUAAUGUCAUUUAAUUUUAAAGAAAUUAAAGAUUUAUUAACUAUUAUUUGAUGAUUCUAAUGAAAUUUAGUCAAAGAUUCUGUAUAUUCAUGAAAAUAGAGGUGCACUUGGCAAAAUUUAGCUCAAGGAUUAAUUUUUUUUUUGGAAUAUGUAAAAAAAAUUAUUUUGUCUCUCUCUUUCUCUCUUCUUGCAGAUACUAUCCACCAAUUUUUGCUUUUUUUUUUUCUCUAGCAUUGGUUUUUUCACCAGUUGCUGCAAGAGAGUUUUUUUUUCUAUUUUUUUUUCUUUUUGUUCUGACCAUGUACUGUAUUUCUAGAUUCGAUUCGGGUGUUUUCUGUCUUAGUGUUCAGAUUUCUGGUGAUGGAGGGUGCACAGUAGUCUUCUGUAACUUUCAUAGUUUAAGGCUUCGUGUUUUAGCUCUAUGAGGACAGAUUUGAGUCAUGAUUCCUUAAGCUUUAUAUGUUUUAUUCUCCUAGAUUUGCAUCGAUGUUGGGUUCUUUCGAUCUUCCGGUGAGGUGAAUCCCGAUCUCUGAGGGGAAAGUUUGACGUUGCAAUGUGUUUUACCUCUACAUCUGAAUCACGGAGACUCUCACCUCUCUUUGAUGUCUGCUUUAGGAUGGAAUGGAUGGAGAUAAAAUUAGGGUUCUCUGGUGACAGCGAAGGCGAGUCGGCUGUUGGGUGAGGUUUCGGCUUAUCCACUUACUGGCUUCUAACUUGUGAAGCCAGUCAAAUCUGGUAGUCUUCUCUACGUGCCUUCUUCACUCUAUUCUCUUUUCAAGUUUCUAAAUUGUAUCUCUCGAUUUCAUUUUUGGUUGUCGUCUAUAGCAUCUGAUGGUUCUUUCAAUUCAGUCAAGCUCAGUGUACCUCCUAGGUGGUAGUUGUUUUUUUGUUUUGACUUGACGCCUUCCGGUGGUUUCGGCGGUGACUAUUUUAGUUAAUGUAGCGGUUUUUGACUAGUUUCGGCAAGUAUUUUUAGUGUUCUUUUUUUUCCUUUUCUGGUUUUUUACUUGGUUCAGAUAUUUCUAGUUUGGAUUGGGUUGUGGUUAAUUUCAGUCUAUUUUUUUCUAUUUUUUUUUAAUUUUAUCUAUUUUGUAACUACAAUUUCAUCUGUUGUUAUAAGUUAGAAACAAAAAAAAAUUAAUACGACGAUUUUUUUAAAAGAACAUAAAAAGAGCUCUGAAUUUGAUUAAAUAAAUUAUAAAUCAUAAGAUGUCACAAAAAGCCAUAUUAAAUAAAGCGAUCAUGAAAUAAAUAAAUAAAACAUAUUAAAAGUUAAGACACAUGGGAACUUGGUACUGAGGUUGGGGAAAUUCAGGAGAAGAAAGCGACAAAAUUCAAAUCCAAAUGAAUAACGUUCGAUCUCUUUUCGUAAGGUAAUCAUAUAAACAAACGCCGACCAAGAAAAAGAAGUACAUAAUCAAACAACAGAACCAUUUAUAUGCAGACACUUAGAUGCUUAGGAAUAUCAAAACACAUUUUGCAAUUUAGUACCGUAGAAAGAGGAAAUAGUUUACAUUGAAAAAUCUAAAAAGGUCUUGUGAUCUGAUAUCUCCCCAUAUCCAAUAUAUCAUUUGAGAAGUAAAAAAGGAGAAAGAAAACAAAUAAACAAACAAACAAAACCAUUUAUAUGCGAUCAUACCAUAGAACUUUGCAGUUUAGCGAAAAAAGUGUUUCAAAAAAUGUGUUUAAAAAAGUGUGUUUCAGAAAAAAACGAAAGAGAAAGAAAACAAAUAAAAACAGAACCAUUUAUAUGCAGACAUUUAGCUGUUUAAGAAUAUGAUUGAUUCUGAACUAAAACAUACGAAACACCAGUUUUAGUAAAAAUCAAUAUUUACCUAUUUCCUAUAUCUCAAUGAAAUUAGAGACAAUCCGAUCUAAAGAACUCCAUUAAGAUAUUAGUCCAGGAAAAAAAAGAAUUUUAAAAGCACAAUAUUCAAGAAAUAAAAAAUAACAAAUUCAAAUCUAUUUCUUUAAGUAUAAAUAAAUCAAAUAAUCGAAGGAUUAUAAUUUUUUAUAAAAAGUACCGGGAGUUUUAUCGAUUUCCACUUAAAUAUCUCAAUAGAAAAAAUAUUAGUUAGUAAAGUGGAUUAUUAAGCAACACAACACAUACACAUGGAAAGAACAAAGAAACAUAACUGCUAAAGCAAAAAAGACUGCUUUACAACACUACAUAUUAUAGGCAAAGCAUUAAAAUUGUGAAGAAGAUACAACAAAAUCCUCCCCCUCCUGAUAAAAAAGUAUAGUGGAAAAUAAAAUAAAUCCAGCUUAUCAAGAAUCAACACAAGGCCAACAGAAUAAAAACAAAGUAUUCUAAUUAAAGUGAGACCAAAUGAAAUGAUUUCAGAAUUCAACGUUGGAAAAGUGAUAGUCCCUACACAAGCAUCUUGUGGUUGGAGGAGCUAUGGCCCAAGAGUAAAAUCAGCACUCAAACAGUCCAAAUCCUCUCAAAUCUCACUUGAAAAAAAGAAGAUAAUGCCACUUUCUUAAACAAAUCUUACUCCCCACUCACUCAAUCAGUAAUCAUCUCAAGCUAUUUAUAAGACCACUUUGAAUUCUCCAGAAACAGUAAGAAGCAAAAAACAAACAAAACAAAGAGACAAGACUUUGAUUCGAAACUUUUUUAGGAGUGUAAGAACAUGUCGUCAAAUGAAUUAUCUUCUUCAGCUCAAGCCUUCCAAGAACAAGUCAGUGGCGGUUUUGUCUCUAGAAAGCUGCUUCUGCACAACCCAUUUGACCACAACACUCAACAAGCCUUCGUGGUCGCACCAUCUCCCCUAAUCACACAUGAGAACAACCUCAACGGGAAUGUCUUGAUGCUUCUCUCAGUCCUUAUCUGUGGAAUCAUCUGCUGCCUUGGUUUACAUUACAUCAUUCGUUGCGCAUUCAGAGGUACUUCAAGUUUCAUGAUCUCUGAGCCUAUCUCCAGUCUUUCAACACGACAUGGGUCACCAAACAAAGGAAUCAAGAAGAAAGCUCUUAAGAUGUUCCCGGUCGUGAGUUACUCACCUGGGAUGAACCUGCCGGGGAUCGGUGAAGAAUGCGUCAUCUGUUUGUCAGAUUUUGUUUCCGGUGAGAAGCUCAGGCUGCUACCUAACUGCAACCACGGAUUCCAUGUUCGUUGCAUUGACAAGUGGCUUCAACAACAUUUGACUUGUCCAAACUGCAGACACUGUCUUGUUGAGACAUGCCAAAAGAUCUUAGGUGACUUCAGUCAAGCUGAUCAAGUGAUAGCAGCACAUACAGAGAGCACAAUUGUCAGGAUAGCUCCUCUACAACCUGAAGGAAGAGUAAACACUUUAAGAGAAAGCAGCUAAAUGGUCAAAAAUCUAUGCUCAAGUUCAGAAUAUAUACUCAAGUUAGAUAGAAGUUUGUAAAUCUGAGCAAAAUCAUGUCUAUAGCCAUAGAAGAGUUCCAAAAAAAAGAAAAAACAGGAUAGUUCAAUUUUUUUGUCUUUCUUUAUUUUGCCUGUAACACAAAGUGUAUACAGCGAGAAUAUAUUUAUAUUUAUCACUUUCAGUAGUAUCUCACUGAGAUCAUCAAACUUCUCUUUGUGAACGUAUGUUUUCGCGGUGAAAUGAUAAUUAUUAAUGCUUAUCCAUAAAACAAUAAGAAUCCUCUAUAAGACUGAUAAGUUUUCGUCAUACAUUUUUAUGUGUCAUAAAUGGUCUUGACUUAAUAACAUUAUGUGCCCCUGAAAUUAUUAAGCAUAUACCAAACAAGAACAACCGUUCUUCCAUAAGCAACUACCUUAGCUGCUGCACAGUAAAGGAAACAACAACCUCUACCAUUUGCCAGCUCUUGAUUCUAAGUUCUAACUGUAACUCCCCGAUCUCUAAGCUAUAAUAGUCAACUAUCAACUACAUAUAAGAUUCCAAGUCUCAUAGUUGUUGCAGGUUUUUGAUAGUACUCAAGUCAAUUAAUUUUUUUAUUGGGUAAAAAUGUAAAGAUAUUAUUAUCUUAUUCCAUUUAUGCAGUUUAUUGAGAUAUUUGUUAUGUUAUGCUUUGUUAUGUCUGAGUAAUUCACAUGUUAGAUUUAGGGUUCAAUUAGGGUUAUGAAAGAUUAGCCAAAACUAUAUAAUUGCUAAGGGGAUAGACAUCUUUAAAAGAAUUGCUUGUAAUGCUUGUGUUCUAAAGUAGUUAACUAAACCCUAGGAUUGUGGACAAUUAUGAUGGUAGAUUCUGCACCAGAAUAGAUUUUCUUGAGAUAGGAUUAUUAGAAAUAAGUAACAUGUGAUUUAAUUAAAACUAGUGAACCUAUCUAUUAACUCGUUAACACUUGCCUAAGGUAGCAUCGAUCAACGCUAAGUCAAUAGCAUCGAUCGACGCUCGAUCUGUAUCAACAAGCGGCAUCUGAGAUAUUGGACUUAGUCAAUAGAAUUGAUUCACAGCAGAAGCUGGAUACCUUUUGCAUUAGACUUCGAGUUCUAGGAUUUCAACCUCAGUAUUUUAAAUCACUAUAAUCAUGAUUAGGUGAAACCGUAAAUCUAGCUAUUUCUCUCAAUUGUUAACAACCUCAAUCAACUGAACAAUUGCUCGUUCACCCUGGUUUCAUUUAUUUAUUGUUUUUAAUCUAUUUGCCUAAUUUAAUCAGUACUGUUUUAGAUAUAUUGUGUGUCCUUGUUUUAUAUGCAUUCGACCACUAAGUAUUGUGUGUCCUUGUUUUUUUUUUUCUCAAAUUAAACUUUCUUAUUUAAGAGAGUAAAAGUUUAAGUAUUACAAUUAAGUAUUACAAUUAAAUUUUCUUAUUUAAGAGAGUAAAAGUUACUUAUUAAAGUAAUUUGAGUGAUAUCAUUGGCCAUUUACAAUUAUAUGGUAACUAGAAGCAUAUUAAAAAUGAGAGUUCGGCUCUCAACGAGAGCACUUGUAUAAUCUUAAUUCUCUUUGUACUUGAUUCCCGCCAACUAGUUGGUUUGGGUUGCUUUCUUAUAUAAUAUUUCGGUGUUCAAAAAAUAAGGAAACUUCUUUCAAUAAACAUGGAACAACCGAAGAACGAAACGUUCAAGUUUUGUGACACCAACGAUUAUUAUUCUAAGUGCGUGGUCUUGUUCUUUUGAGGAUAUAUUUAAACAAAUUGAUCGUUUCUUAAUACAUGUAAGUAUGUAACUAUGUCAGUGUAGUUUAAAAAAAAACAUGUGGUUAUGUGUGAUGCAAAAUCUUUAUAACGAUUCUCUAGUACUGCGCGCGGAGGUAAUAAGUCCACCGAUUUAGCUUGUCACGGCGCAUCAUUUACAAGUUAAUUGUUGCUUAUGGCUUUAAUGCAUUAUCACUAAUUAAAAUAAUUGAAAGUGCUAAUAAAAAGUGCAAAGGAGGGUGAAAAAGAAGAAGGAUACCACAUUUGUUAUCUAUUCGUGGGAUAAUUCUUGUCCACAAAAUUCAUAAACACUAUCUCCAAGCCUCUUAAUCAAUAAUAAUUAAGUUUAUAAAAUCCUUUUUCGACUGAAAAAGUGCAUAGUUGCGUGUAGUUAAUCAUAAUACAAAUCUUGGUUAAAAGUGAAGAGCCCAUAAUUCCGACCUCCACUUUCAGAAGGAAGUCGUAAACGACCCUGGCAAAUCCCCUUCUCUUGCUUAAUUUAUAGUUUCGCCUACUGGAACUUGUUUUUAUGUUUUCUUUGUCGAGUUGUUGUGUAUUACAGUGUUCGUCCGAACUUUACAGCUAUUUACUUAAUUUGCAUUGUUACAAUUGAAUUAUGCUAUUAAAAAAAUUGAAAUCAUUUUUUUUUCUAUUUUAACUUUCCACAAUUAUUAAGACAUACUCCAUCCGUUUCAUUUUAAUUGUCGUUUAGACUUAUACACAGAGAUUAAUAAAACAUUUAAUUCUAUAUAUUUACUAAAUAAAAACAUCAUUAUCAAUACGGCUAACCACAUUUCAACUGAUAUAAAAAUAUAUUAGAAUAUAAAGUCAAUAAAUAUUGCAUUAAACUUAUAAAACGACAUUUAUUUUGAAACAAAAUUUUUACUCUACAACGACAAUUAAACUGAAACGGAUGAAGUAAUAAAAUUACAUCCCUUCCUUAAAUCCGCAAAAUAUUUUUUUUUCAUUUGUUUAUAGUAGUACUGGAUAUCAUCUAUUUUUGAUGUUCUUGCAGUGACAUGUAUUUAUUGUUUUGUAUUCCUAUAACUUCUUAAGUAUUAUGGUAACCUGGUUACUAUAAUUACGUGGAACAAUUUCUUGAUGGACCUCCAAUAUUUGUCUGCUUUCGUUUUGGUUAGUCUUCAUCCAAUUUUGCUAAGUAAGCUUUACCGAUCUUGAACUGUCUCCUGGGUAAAAUUAUUAUGGCAUAUUAGUAAAUUUUAUUGGCAUACAAACCUUAUGCUACUAUGCAGAUAUGUUGUAGCCUUAUGUACAUGUUGUUCUAAAAAAUCUUGCAUACCUCAUACAUAAUGAGUCUCUCUAAGUGUCUAUUUGAGAGACAUUCAUUAGAUAGUUGUAUAUCUGAAAUAAUGCUAAUGAAUAGACUAUUAAGGAGUUUAUGUUGAUAUUAAUUCUUGUAGACUCGACGGUAUUGUGCGGCCUAUGCUAGAAAUGGUACGAUUCCAUGACAAAAGCUUGUUCGAAAAAAAAUAGUGCUACACAUGAUAUGAUAUCCACAUGUAUCCCUUUUGAGAGUCUUUCAAGGUGUGUUCAUAGAUAUUUAAAUCCAAAAUAUAUGUUCAUAGAAAUUUUUGGUAUUUUGCCUUUAAAAAAAAGUUUCUGAAUCAUUUCUUUCUCAGGGUUUAGUUCGAAUCGGAAUGAAAUCAUCCAAAAAUCCUAUAUAUACUACCAAUAAAUAUCUGAACAUAUUCAAAAUUAUCUAAAUUACGUAAAACUCCAUAAAACAGUUAAAAGUACGUACAAAUAUAUGAAAAUAUAUAAAUUAACUUAAAAACUGGUAUUAAAAUUAUUUACAUAAAUAUAUAAAUUGUCUUAAAACAAUCACAAUCAUGACUACAUGUUUGAGACAAUUAUGAGUAUUAUAUUUAUGUUUGAUACUUUCUUAUUUUAGGUUUGAUAUGAACUUAUUUUCAUUUAUUUUAAAUUUGUUGAUACCAUUGUGUGUUCGUAUAUAUAUAAAUAUUUUUUGGAUUGAUCAGUUGUAACUUUCUAUUUAAUUUAUUUAACCUUUUGAACAUAUUUUUAAUCUUCAACUUUUAAACUGGAACCAAUAAAAUUUCAUACUUUUGUUGACUAAUAGAACCAGCCAUUAAAUAUUUAUUAGCAAACUUAACAGUUGACUUUCAACAUGUCUAGAACGGCUUGAUCAACAAAAGUAUAAGAUUCAUUUGUCAUUGACUGAAAAUUUGGUGAUUAAAAUGACGUGUUUGUGAGUUGAGACUUUUUGUAACUUACAUGAAAAUUAAAACUUUUAAAUAGAUUUUCACGAAAUAUUUUAAUAAAAUAUUGCUAGUGAUUUUCAUUUUUUUAAAUUUUGUCAUUAAAAACUUAUUCUAUUGCUCAAACAUGAAGUUGUUUGGGAAGUCAUACCUGAAUAGAACAACCUACGAAAAACAUUUCUCUAUGGAUAGCUCUAGCAGUCGUAACUAAAGAAUCAGCAAUAUAGUCAUGUCCUCAAGGGAUGUAUAAAAUCUUAAAGGUGUGAAAUAUAUGUCGUAAGACCUCUAUCUCCUUCAGCUCCAUUGAAAAAUUUGGCGACUCGCUUUAUUCUCUAAUCAUAGCUAUCAAAUCCUUGUAGUCCAUUCCAAAAUUAUGGCAAGUUGAGUGAUGAAACACUUUCCAAUUCCUGGGCAAGUGCUUCGAGCUCCGAGUGCAAAGACGACUCUUGUUUUUUUGUUUUUUGGUUUUUUGUUCCAAUUUGUUGAAUUUUCCUGACAUGUAUAUCCAAACACAUCAAGAUUGACUACACUGUGUUGUAGAAUUCUAAGAACCAUCCACCAGUAUUACUGAUUUUGUUUAAAAGUGAAUUACUAAGAAACAUAACACAUACACAUGGGAAGAACAAGGAAACAUAGCUGCUAAAGCACAAAGACUGCUUUACAACACUACAUCUUGUGGGCAAAGCAUUUAGGUUGUGAAGAUACAACAAAAUCUUCCUCCUGACAAAAAAAAAAGUAUAAUGGAAAAUAAAAUAACAUCGAUCUUAUCAAGAAUCAACACAAGACAAACAUUACUAAACAAAGUUUUCUAAUUAAAGUGAGACAAAAAGAAAUGAU